CACCCCCUCCCCACUGAGGACGGUCCCUUGGAGGGCGCUCGGCAACCCCUGGCACUCUUCCCUCGAAGCUUUUCAAACUCGGGACUCUUCUGUGGCUGGAUUUGGGAGCUGCCACUCUUAAGAGGAUCCCUGGGAACUGGAUGCCAGGCAUUAUGUUACGCAGGAGCUGGCUGUUGGGGCUAAUGAUCUUGCUAGCUUUGUGGAUUUCAUCAGAGGCUCAAGAUGAUCACGGAGAGGAUGAGACCGCUUUUGACUUACUGCAAAUCAGCAACAUAAACAGGAAGACAAUUGGAGCAAAAGUAUUUCGGGGUAACCUUUCCGGUGUCCCAGCAUACCGCUUCAUCCGGUUUGAUCACAUACCUCCAAUUAACUCAGAGAAAUUGAAGCAGAUGGUGAAACGGAUCCAGCAAAAUGAAGGCUUCAUUCUUACAGCUACCCUGAGGCAGGACAGGCAGAGCAGGGGGACCCUCCUUGCGCUGGAAGGCCCUGGGUUCUCUCAGCGGCAGUUUGAGAUUGUUUCCAAUGGCCGAGACAAUACCCUUGAGCUUUCCUAUUGGUUGGAUGGGUACCCAAAGGUGUAUCCAUUGGAAGACGUGGACCUAACUGAUCUACAGUGGAAGAACAUCACUGUACAAGUAACAGGAGAAAACUACAGUCUCUAUGUUGGUUGUGAUCUAAUAGACAGCUUAAGUCUGGAGGAGCCUUUCUAUGAGCACCUGAAAGCAGAGAAAAGUAGAAUGUACGUGGUAAAAGGAUCUACGAGAGAGAACCACUUCCGGGGUCUCAUACAAAAUAUGUAUCUGCUUUUGGGAACUUCAAUAGAGGACGUGUUACGUGACAAAGGAUGCCAGAGGAGUGAGACAGCUGAAGUGAACACCAUUAAUGAGAACACUGAGAUCCUUCACCUCAGCCCUUCGGUCAUGACAGAGUAUGUCGGUGAUAACACUGAGAAAAAAGAAGAAUUCUGUGAUCGCUCUUGUGAAGAACUUGGAACUAUGUUUACUGAACUCACCGGGCUGCGGAUUGUUGUCAAUGGUUUAACUGAAAAGUUAGAAAAAGUGUCGGAGGUGAACGAAAAGAUCGUGUCAGAAUUGCUUGGCCCCAACAAAACACUCAAGAACCAGUCCGCCUGCUGGCAAGAUGGUCGUGAAUUUGCAAAUAAUUCUUACUGGGUUGUGGACAGCUGCACAAAGUGUCACUGCCAGAACUCUAAAACAGUGUGCAAUAAAAUCACAUGUCCAGCUGUGCAUUGUGUUAGUCCAUCGUUUAUUGAUGGCGAGUGCUGUCCUGUCUGUUCUCACACUGAUGACAGUGAAGAGGGCUGGUCCCCCUGGUCAGAGUGGACCGAAUGCUCCGUCACGUGUGGAUCUGGAACCCAGCAGCGAGGACGGUCGUGUGACGUCACCAGCAACACUUGCCGAGGCCCCUCCAUUCAAACCAGAACCUGUUCCCUCGGCAAAUGUGACAAUCGCAUACGUCAAGAUGGUGGCUGGAGCCACUGGUCCCCUUGGUCUUCCUGUUCUGUGACCUGUGGAGUAGGCAACAUAACUCGCAUUCGUCUUUGCAACUCUCCCAUUCCACAGAUGGGUGGGAAAGGUUGCAAAGGAAGUGGACGUGAAACUAAAGAAUGUGAAGGACCCCCUUGUCCAAUCAAUGGUCGAUGGAGCCCUUGGUCUCCAUGGUCUGCAUGCUCAGUUACCUGUGCAGGAGGGAUUCGUGAGAGAUCUCGUCUCUGUAAUAGCCCAGAGCCUCAAUAUGGUGGAAAGGCAUGUGUGGGAGAUGUCAUUCAGCGUGAUAUGUGCAACAAGCAGGAUUGUCCAAUAGAUGGGUGUUUGUCAAAUCCUUGCUUUCCUGGAUCAGAAUGCAACAGCUACCCGGAUGGCUCUUGGUCCUGUGGUGCAUGCCCUGCUGGUUACCUUGGAAACGGAACAUUCUGUGAGGACCUUGAUGAGUGUGCGGUAGUGCCAGAUGUUUGCUUCAAGUUAAAUCAGAACCACCGUUGUGUAAACACAAAUCCAGGAUUCCAUUGCCUGCCAUGCCCUCCACGCUACAAAGGAAAUCAGCCUUAUGGGGUGGGGCUUGAGGAUGCCAAGACAGAAAAACAAGUAUGUGAGCCUGCCAAUCCUUGCAAAGACAAAACCCACAACUGCCACAGGUCAGCAGAGUGCAUCUACCUGGGACAUUUCAGUGACCCCAUGUACAAGUGUGAAUGUAGGACGGGCUAUGCUGGAGACGGAUUCAUCUGUGGUGAAGAUUCUGACCUGGACGGAUGGCCCAAUCACAACCUAGUCUGUGCUGCCAAUGCUACUUAUCACUGCAUAAGGGAUAACUGUCCUCUCCUGCCUAAUUCUGGACAAGAAGACUUUGAUAAAGAUGGAAAAGGUGAUGCCUGUGAUGAGGAUGAUGACAAUGAUGGUGUAGAAGAUGAUAAAGACAACUGUCCCCUUCUUUUUAAUCCCCGUCAAUUUGAUUAUGACAAGGAUGAAGUUGGUGACCGUUGUGAUAAUUGCCCCUAUGUGCAUAACCCUGCUCAGAUAGACACUGAUAAUAAUGGAGAGGGUGAUGCAUGUGCGGUGGAUAUUGAUGGAGAUGAUGUUUUCAAUGAACGCGAUAACUGUCCGUACGUCUACAACACAGACCAGAGAGAUACAGAUGGGGAUGGAGUGGGUGAUCAUUGUGAUAACUGCCCACUGGUGCACAAUCCUGAUCAGACUGACGUGGAUAAUGACCUGGUUGGUGACCAGUGUGACAACAAUGAAGACAUAGAUGAAGACGGUCACCAGAAUAACAAAGAUAACUGUCCCUACAUUUCAAAUGCCAAUCAGGCUGAUCAUGACAAAGAUGGGAAAGGGGAUGCUUGUGAUCCCGACGAUGACAAUGAUGGCAUCCCAGAUGACAGGGACAAUUGCCGUCUCACGUUCAACCCGGACCAGAAGGAUUCUGAUGGUGAUGGCCGAGGUGACAUCUGCAAAGAUGACUUUGACAAUGACAAUGUCCCGGAUAUUCAUGAUGUGUGUCCUGAAAAUGAUGCCAUUAGUGAAACUGAUUUCAGAAAGUUCCAGAUGGUCCCACUGGAUCCUAAAGGAACAGCUCAGAUUGACCCAAAUUGGGUUAUUCGUCACCAGGGCAAAGAACUGGUACAAACUGCUAACUCAGAUCCUGGCAUAGCUGUAGGUUAUGAUGAAUUCAGUUCUGUUGACUUCAGUGGUACAUUCUACGUCAACACAGACCGGGAUGAUGAUUAUGCUGGGUUUGUCUUUGGCUAUCAGUCCAGCAGUCGCUUCUAUGUCCUGAUGUGGAAGCAAGUUACUCAGACCUAUUGGGAGGACAAGCCCACCAGAGCUUAUGGGUACUCAGGGGUAUCACUUAAAGUAGUGAACUCCACAACUGGUGUUGGUGAACAUUUGAGAAAUGCUCUUUGGCAUACGGGAAAUACACCCGGACAGGUGCGCACUUUGUGGCAUGACCCCAAGAACGUUGGUUGGAAAGAUUACACAGCCUACAGGUGGCAUUUGAUCCACAGGCCUAAGACAGGAUUAAUAAAGGUUUUAGUGUAUGAAGGGAAGCAGGUCAUGGCAGAUUCUGGACCAGUCUAUGACAAGACCUACGCUGGUGGGCGGUUAGGUCUUUUUGUCUUUUCACAAGAGAUGGUAUACUUCUCUGACCUCAAGUAUGAAUGCAGAGAUGUCUGAGCUAAAGCUGCUACAUAGCUGCCAAAGUACUGUAGAUGCUGUUCAACCUAGACACCUCUGUACAUCCUGGUACUCCAAAUCCCUCACUCUCUUUUCAGCUUCCCCUCUUGUAUGUUCCCCUGACCUUGUAUCUCUCUGCUGCCAGGAGGGAUCCCUCCAAUCCUAUACCUUAGUGCCUUCUAGGAGCUUGGACUGACAGGACCUAAGUGUGACCAUCGGACCCACCGCCAGAGCAACAAUAGAUUGACGUGUAGAGUGAAAACUUGGCACACACGUUUGUUUGUUUAGAUUUUUUAAAAAUGACAUUUACGUAUUAAGUGUAAAAGAGUAAUUACUUAAUGUAUUUAUAUAGAUAGAUAUGGUGGGAUAUGAGGUGCGGGGAGACACAUCGAGAAGGGUGGGGGAAGAGGUUAGAAGUAAGUUCGCUUCUUAAGCCCACAUUACUUUCUCAGAUCAGGGCUGGGCCUUGGAACACAAAGUCUGGGAGAUACAUUUCAGCCAAAUUAAGAAAGAUCUACUCCUAAAUAUCUAGCUCAUUAUGAAGCCAUUGAAAAUUAACCCAGGGGCCAGAUAAGAAGAUGAUUCAAUGAGCUUCAAUAUACUAAUGAUUCUCUAGCACCUGUUUAGAUGAUUCAUAAGUUUGAUGUUUAAAACAAUCUUCCUCCUGUAACGACAAAUACUAACACAUCGGCAGGCUUCAGUGUGAAGAAUUACAGUUCAUCCACAGUUUAGCAUCCUGUGUCACAACCCAGAAGGAAUCUUCAGAUUUUGUAUCUGUUUUCUAUUCUACAGAAGUGGAUUUGAAAUUAUUUUUGUGGAGGCAUACGUAUAUGAAUGUGGGUUAUUUCAGUACGGUUCAUUCACCAUAUGAAAAAUAUCACCCAGUCCGUUCCAGUAUAGAUCUGUCUUUGUGAGCAGGAGUUUACAGGAGUCAAAUACUGUAUAUUGCAGGUAAUUCUAUUGUUGGGUAGGUGGGAACGAUGUCAAUAAUUCAACCUUAUGCAUUUUUUUAAAAUAAAAAUGUCUAUGCCUCCACAGCAGUCGUUGUAAUACCACUUAGUGGAAGUGCUGUUGCUGUGUAGCAGAGCACAUCUUUUGCAUGCAAAUAAUCCCAGGUUCAAUAUUUGUUCUCUCCAAGGUAGAACAGGGAAAGACUCUAAUCUAAAAUCUGGAGA